AUGUUUUCUUAUACCAUUGACGUUAUUGAUACCACAUUAAGAAUCUUUGAUGAAAGUGUACCUGCGUGCAUCACUAAAACAGCAACAAACUUUUUAACUUACAAUAGUAAAGUACCAGGUCCAACAAUUCGUGUUUCUUCAGGACAUGAAUCUAUCGUAAGAUUCACCAAUAAAAUAGGUAGCUUAUUUCCCGGAACCUUCAGUCCCUGUAUUGAAAAUAGAACAGGAAGACCAUUUAGUGUUCAUCUUCAUGGUUCAGCAAAUCUGGCGCCAUAUGAUGGAUGGGCUGAAGAUGAGACUUGCUAUGGCGAGACAAAAGAAUAUGUAUAUCCAAAUAAUCGUCCAACAACCGCUUGGUAUCAUGAUCAUGCAAUUCAUAUCACAGCUAAAAAUGCUUAUCUUGGUCUUGCCGGUCUUUAUUUAAUAACUUCAAAAACAAAAUAUGGCGGAUGUGGUGAACCAUGGAAUUUAGAAGAUAUUGAAGAAAAACAUAUUAUUAUACAAGAUAAAGUACUCAAUUCUGCUUUUCAAUUAUUUAUUGAUCCAUUAAACGCACAUCUAGAUAUUUCACAAAACAUAUGCAAAAUUAUUGGAACUGACGGAGGGUUUAGAGACAUACCUGUAAUAUUUCCUGAAACAGGAUUAUUAAUCGGUGUUGCUGAAAGAUAUGAUGUUGUGUGGGAUUUUACAGCAUUAAGAAGUCAAACUCUAUUUUUGUGGAACCAUAAAGAUGAUAUUUUCAUGAAAGAUGUACCAUUCUUUUGUUAUAGUCAUUUAAUUGGACAACUUCAAAUAUCUGCAGCUACUAAUGCUUCAUCGCCAGUAUUUCAAGAAAACCUUCCAUAUACAACACCAGAGGAUCCAAUAAAACGAGUCCUAUAUGCUUCAGACAUUAACUUAGCAAUGCAAAUGGCAAAUGAGAGUCGAUUUCAUAGAAAAAUGGCUUUUAGUAAAAUCAAUGGAAAAUGGGUAAUUAAUAAUGAAACCUGGGAUACGUUCAGAAUUGCUGCUGCAGAUAUUGGACAAAAUACAUGGGAACUUUGGGUAUAUCAAACAGGUACUGGAUGGUUUCAUCCUGUACACAUGCAUCUUGUAGAUUUUUAUAUUAUUAAACGUGAAGGCGAUACUGGAUUACGAAGUUUUGAAUAUUUAUCACCAAAAGAUGUAAUGUUUUUGGGUGAAGGAGAUAGGCUCUAUGUAAUAGCUAGAUUUGGUGCUCAUAAAGGUGAUUAUAUGUUUCAUUGUCACAAUCUGAUUCAUGAAGAUGAUGAUAUGAUGAGAGCAAUGCGUAUUAUUGAUAGCCAGAAUAGACUCACUGCUUCAUCCGCACAACCAUUUAUUCUUAAUGGUUUUGCAAAUAUUAUUUACAGCAAUUGGAAAUAUAGUAACCCAAUGCUAAAUGAUACUGCUGCAAAACCUACAAACCAAAUGCCAACACUUGACUCAAUUUAUAUGCAAAACAUGUUGAAUAUUAGUCUUUAUAGAAUUUUCUAUCCAUUUCCUACUGAUAGCGUUUUAAAUGGUUUCACUAAUCCUUGGAAAUGUGCUUGGUGUCCAGCAUAA